GCAAGCGUUUUUGGCACCGAGAUUUGAAAACGCAUAAUAAGCAAGGGAGUUACCCGUCUGAGCUGAGGCGUAAUAGAAGAAGAGCUUUUCAUGAAAAGUGUUGGUUGGAUACCUGUCUGUGAUAUUUAAAAGACUUCCAAGAGACUAUAGAGAGAAAAAAAUUAAAAAAUUACAACAUGUUUAACAACGCAAAAAGGUCAGUGUUCGAGUUUCUUGGGUUAGAAACAGAGGAGGAGUUACCUGAGGAUAUCAAAAAGGAACUGAAAGAGCGAUGGCGGGCAAGGAGGAAAAGGACCCUCCUGAUUGCCCCGGAAAAGGGGCAAGGAGACGAGGUGGAUGCCCGCACCACUCGGAGGAUACCACAUAAAAAACCAAAGAAAGCUGUAGCAAGACUCUUAUUGGACUCCUCAGCUAACGCAAUGGGAUUAUCAAAAGAAAAGAGGAAAACAACAGAAGGGGAACCACUGAGAAGCUUUGCCCCGGCAACGUUGGACAAGCAUCCUAAACCUACUUUUGAUGAGCCUUGGAAGACAGAGGUGUUUUUUGAUGACAAAGAGGCAAUAGAUAUUGUUGAGUCUAAUGAGGAUGAAUUGGAUUUUAGAAUGGGCAAAAAAAAGAAAAGUGUUAGUGGUGCUGCUCCUGGGGAUGUUGAGCUGGAUGUGGUGGGUGGGAAGCCGACUGUUGGAAUGUCCUCUAUGUCUCAGGAUGUGGUGGACGCUGUGGUGUUACAGGUCCUAGAAGAAAACGUCUGUAAACUGCUCAGCUGUAGGUGGAAAGAGAAGAACUCUGUUAUAGAUGAAGACGAUUUCAUGAACAGACCUUACUUUACCUACUUUAUCACCUUUGUACAAACAGUUAUACUUAUCUGUGCGUUGGCUAUUUAUGGAAUUGGUCCUUUUGGGGUGGAUGAGGUUGUCGUUCAGGAUGUGGUAUUAAAACCAAAUCUGGCUUUGGAAGCAGAGGCAAGGCGGGAGUUUGGAAACAUGUGGUUAGGUCCUAGUCAGGCAAACUUGAUCCAUCUUGGAGCUAAGUAUUCCCCUUGUAUGAGAAAAGAUCCCAACCUAGAGGCAGCCCUGGCAGAGCAGAGGCAGGAGGAGAGAGGGACGGGGUGUUGUGUCCGUGACGAUGGGUCAGGGUGUGUACAGACCACCGUACACAAGUGUAGUAAACUGAUCUCAACCUUUGUUAAGUGGAAUGACUCCAGUAAGAUAGACAAUGGCUACAAGUCGGGGGCAGUGUGUGGUCUGGACCCCAACCACUGUAAGAGCCCCUCCUCUACCCCGCCCUUUGAAUGGGACAAGAAGGACUUCACCAACUGGCCUGUUUGUAAAGCGACAAAGAAUGUGAGUCGUAGUUUUAAAGGUUGCUCCCAGCCUGGUUCUGACUGUCACAUGACCUGUGAUUUACUGGGGCGGCCAUGUUGUUUUGGUAUCCAAGGAGAAUGCAUGAUCACCACCAGGGAGCAUUGUGAAUUUAGACAGGGAUACUUCCAUGAUGACAAAUUUUUAUGUUCUCAGGUGAACUGCUUUGAAGAGAUCUGUGGUAUGAUACCGUUUGUUUACGAUGAUCGACCUGACCAAUUUGGCAGAAUUCUUUCGGCCAAUUUACUGCAUGCUGGUCUGUUCCACCUGUUAGUGACCUUGAUCUUCCAGCUGUGGGUCAUGAGACUUACCGAGCAGAUGAUUGGCUGGAUCAGGAUGAUGAUUAUCUACAUCAGCAGUGGCUGUGCGGGGACACUAGCCAGCGCUAUACUCACCCCCUACCAGGUGGAGGUGGGUCCCUCUGGAGCACAGUUUGGUAUCCUGGCCUGUAUGUUUGUAGACAUUGUCAACCAAAUACUUGUCAACAAGUUUUCAUCAGAAGACAAAUCAGCAGAAAAUCGAGGCCUUUACUUUAACUUAGGUGCUUAUAGUGCAAUACUCCUCCUACUAUUCUUCCUUGGAGUGUUCCCAUGGAUGGAUAACUGGUCCCACAUUUUUGGCUUUAUCUUUGGACUGUUCAUCUCUCUGGUUGUGAUGAAGGAAACAGACAUAAAGGAUAAGGGAAUUACGCGCCUCCACAUCGUCGUUACAUUUGGCAUUCUGUCUUUAGCCUUAUUCUUGUUUCUUAUCAUUAUGUUCUAUGCUGCCCCACUCACAGAGAGCACCUGGCUACAAUACAUCAAUUGUAUUCCCUUCUCAGACACCUUCUGUAAAAACAUGGACGUCACCAUUAAUAGGGGAUCUACAUAUUCAAAAUAUGUCAAGUAAAUCUGGUUGUACUUUGUACUUUUAAUGCAGCAAUUAUUGUUUUUUAAGAGAAAAAUAUGUUUACUUUUUUGCUAAAGAGCAGCAUGAAAUUGGGUUGUAUGAUGUCUUUUUGUUAGAUUUUUUCUCUAUAAUAAGGUAUUUUAAGCAUAAUAGCAACAUUA